AUGAGCGUGAGAAAGGCUCAUAAUAGCGGUCGCAACCAUCUACGAAACGUCGUCGACUACUACCAACAAAUCGGCCACGAAAAGGCUCAAUCAGUCAUCGAUAGCAUCACCUCCUCAUACGCCGCCGAAGGACAAGCGAGCGCAAACCCCAUGUUGCCCGGUGGAACCCAUGCUGGCGUAGCAGCCAUGCCCUUCGGCUUCCCUCCCGGCAUGCCCGCACCACCCGGCGGUAUGCCCUUCCCCCCACCAGGCGCCGGUCGUGGUAUGCCGCCAUUCCCCUUCCCUCCCAACGGAAUGCCUCCUUUCCCUCCCAACGGCAUGCCGCCUUUCCCUCCGACACCCGGCGCAGCAGGAUCACCACCCCAAGGCAUGCCUUUCCCUCCUCCUGGCGGUAUGCCAUUCCCUCCGCCAGCCGGUAUGCCUUUCCCACCCAUGGGUGGCCCUAGCCCUGGUCCCGGCGCCGGUCUCCCGCCACCCGGAAUGCCCAUGUCGCACGACCCAAGACGCCAAUAG